GGGUGGUGCCAGGGAGGGACUACUAUCUGUAUCGAACAGUUCCACGCCAGAUAAUGCCAAAAUAAUCGGCAGACCGCGCUCACCGUUUCCGCGCUGUUUAGCCGCUGAUAAGAGUCGACGCCGCGACAUGGCCGAGACGGACCCCAAGUCGGUGCAGGACCUCACCAACGUGGUCCAGACACUGCUGCAACAGAUGCAGGACAAGUUCCAGACCAUGUCAGACCAGAUCAUCGGGAGGAUCGAUGAGAUGAGCACGCGCAUCGAUGACUUGGAGAAGAACAUCACCGACCUGAUGACCCAGGCUGGUGUCGAAGAGAUAGAGGCUGCACCGGAAAAGGCUAAAGAGGGUCCAGGCUCAUAGUGAAGGUUCCCAAGCAUCUCGGAGUGACGUUGAUCCCACAUUCAGGAGCAGCAAACGACUUUUGAUUUAGUGUUGUGUGAAAUGCUUUUUUUAUAUAUUGGAUAUUGUGAUAACACGAUUAGUCGUGUAAUGACUUGACAAGUCGAUCGUCAAUUGUAUGUUAGAAUAGUGUGGAAUGCAGUGAUAAUCAAAAGUUAUUUUCAUGGGCUUAGUUGGGGGUUUGCUGUCUAGUCUUGAUUUAAGAAUUAGGUAAAGGGGGGUAAGCAGGAUCUGCCAAGCA